GCAAUACCAACGCCCCGCCAUCACAAUUGUCAGUGGGCAUCUCCUAAGCCAGACGCUGUUAGAACGCGAGACAACUGUUCCUGCCGCUUUCACAAGCCUGCAUCGUCGUUCUCAGAGCAUGCAUUGAUCUCUUGGACCUGCUCUCCAUCUGCCACAGCCCACCUUCGGCAUGGCCACCUCCUCCCUCUCCUCUCUUUCCUCGAUCCUCAAAAAAUCCUCGCUUGACGACCAUGAUCAGAUCUUGGAUGCAAGCAACAGGUCUCUGAAGUCCUCACCAUCCGACCUACAGGCACACCAGGUGAAGACUGUUGCCCUCCUUAAGCUUGACCGUUAUGAAGAAGUUGUAAAGCAUGUGGAAUCUGCGGGUGAAGACGUUCGGAAGGCAGUGAGCCUCGAAUAUGCCUAUGCCUUGUAUAAAAUUGGGAGGCUGAGCGAGGCGGCGGACAUUGCAUCUUCUAUCAAGACGAGAGGCGCUCAACACAUCGAGGCCCAGGCCAGAUAUCGACUUGAAGAAGCGACCUCGACCUCGAAACUGUACAAGAUUCUCCGGAGCGAGCCCGCUGACUGGGAAGAGUAUGACUUGCGAGUAAACCAAGGCGCCAUUGAUGCUCAAGCUCAAUGGCUUGGUGCUGUUGAUCCAAAGUCAAUACGAAAGCCAGCAAGAGAAGACCUCGAGGCCUUCGAGACAGCAUAUAAUGCGGCUUGUGGCAGCAUUGCCAGAGGGGAGCUAGGCCAAGCAGAAGUCCUUCUCCGACGAGCCAAGGAGCUUUGUCGGCAUUCUGAAGACCUGACGGAUCAGCAAAAGCUCGAUGAGCUUCUCCCGAUUGCGGUCCAACAGAUAUAUGUUCUCCUGUCGCAGGGCAAGGAGGCCGAAGCCGACCAGGUCGCGAGUGAAAUCAAUCUUCAAGACGCAUCGGACGCAUCGACCCAAAAGAUUGGACAGAACAACAUGCUGCUCACAAAACCCUUGGACAACCCAUUUCUUGCAUACAAAGCGUUUACGUCAACGAAGGAAAUCCCCUCGCACGACAAACUCUUCUCAUUCCAAAGCAUUCCGCUAGCGUCCAACAAGACUACUUUAGACUUGCAGAAUUUCAAGUUUGACGGCAUUGUUUCCUUUACGGCUCAGGCUUCGACGAAGAAACCUUCAUCUACCUUAGACCCUGGGACAAUUUUGACAUCAUCAUUCCAAGCGAUGGCUCGAGCCAGAAAUGAGACUGGCCGAGCUGCUAUCAAAAAAAUAUUGCCCGACCUUCAGAAACGUCCGCGAGAUGCGGGGCUCGUCCUCACCCUAGUUCAGUUGUAUAUCCUUGUAGGAGACACGAGCUCUGCAGUGGAAUUAGUGCAGACAUUCCUGCAAGAUCUGGGAGUGUCUGAACAGGACAUCAGGUUCAACCCAACCCUUGUCAGCCUCUACAUUGCCUUGCUCAAGCAACGAGGACAAAAGUCACGAGUCAAGCAAGAAUUGGCCAAAGCUGCUUCGUACUGGAGGACCAAAGCAAAUCCACCUAUCAGAUUACUUAGCGCGGCGGGGAUCUCAUUGUUGGAAUCGCAGAAUCCCGAGGAGACACGAGAAGCAAUGGUCAUUUUUGAAAAACUUCAAGAAGAGCAACCGGCAGACCGGGCGACAAUUGCUGGAUAUGUUGCAUCACACGUGAAUGGAGAUUUGUCCGCUGUGCAAGGUGAUGCAGACAAGUUGACACCAACGGAGGAAUUGAUCCGCGGGAUCGAUGUGGAUGCAUUGGAAAAGGCAGGUAUACCUCAGUCGUCUAACGCACUUGCAAUUGCUCAAUUGGGUCGAACGAGGAAACGCAAAGCUAUCGACGGCGGCAACGGCAAGCGCAAACGACAACGAGCGUCUAAAUUGCCCAAAGAUUACGAUGCGAGCAAGAAGCCCGACCCGGAGAGAUGGAUGCCCAUGAAGGACCGAAGUUACUACCGGCCUCCAAAGGGGAAGAGGAAGGGCAAGCGUGGAGGAGGGGAUGACAAAACUCAAGGGGGUGUGGUGAACGAAGAUUUGAACAUUGAUGCCAGAGCGACCGCCACCAGCGUCACAGGAGGUGCAAGUGGAGGUAGCAGCAAGAAGAAAAAGGCCAAAGGGAAGAAAUGAUAGAUAGAAUUCGACGGGAGCAGGGAGCAAGGAGCAAGGGUGGAUAGUGCACGGUUGCUGCAGACCAAUGUAGGUAAACCACCGUCGUAGAAUGCUCCACACGAUGUCCUACGCAUACAUGGAAUUUAAGGCUUGAAUGAUCCAAG